AUGGAGUCUCUGACCACUCACCCUGCCACCGCGCAACAGGCAAAAGCCUUCACCUCUCCCGCGUCUCUCUCGUUUCCCGGUGGCGCUGGGGACCUGACACCGCCCUCAUCUGAGAAAGAUGGACAGAACCUCAACGGUGGCUCAUACGCAGAUGGGAAGAUGAAUGGUGGUCAACAGCAAGGAGGGAACGCUUUACAAGCUCCACAAACUCCGAGUGCGACACCUGGCGCUGGAGUGAGUGGUAUUGUUCCAACUCUGCAAAACAUCGUUGCUACGGUCAAUCUGGACUGUCGCCUCGAUCUCAAGACUAUUGCACUCCAUGCCCGUAACGCCGAGUAUAAUCCCAAGCGUUUUGCCGCUGUGAUCAUGCGUAUUCGUGAACCCAAGACCACUGCCUUGAUCUUUGCAUCUGGCAAGAUGGUUGUCACGGGCGCAAAGUCGGAGGAUGAUUCCAAACUUGCCAGUCGCAAGUACGCCCGAAUCAUCCAGAAGCUUGGUUUCAAUGCCAAGUUCACCGACUUCAAGAUCCAGAACAUUGUAGGCUCUUGCGACAUCAAGUUCCCCAUUCGACUGGAAGGCCUUGCGUCCAAGCAUCAUCCUUUCAGCUCGUAUGAGCCUGAAUUGUUCCCAGGCUUGAUCUAUCGCAUGAUCAAGCCAAAGAUCGUUCUGUUGAUCUUCGUCAGCGGAAAGAUCGUACUCACUGGCGCCAAGGUCCGCGAGGAGAUCUACCAGGCAUUCGAGCAGAUCUACCCGACACUAUCAGGUAAGUUAGGUUACAUCCCUGACCUUUGA